AUGAUCAGCCCCACAGCUCCGGAGUCCGACCGGCAUCGCACUCUUGCCAUUACCGACCAUAAGCCAACAAAGCCCGUCGCGUGGCGCAUCCCGGCCGACGAGAACGACCGGCCUACGUCCAAGUUGAACUGGUUCCGGAUCAAUCCCCAGGGUGCAGUACCCAUCUUGCACCUCUACCCUCCCCUCCCUAAAGCUGGCGAAAACGUCGACCUCACCAGCUUCGCCCCCUCCGUGGUCGCAAACCUCUACAGCAUGUGGGACCUGGCCUGGCUAACGCUGGCUCUGGCUCUGUUCUCGCUAUUUCUGGGCAGAUGGAUGGCUGCGCUCGGCGCGUUUGCCCACGUCGCGCCUGCAGUGCGAUCGCUGCUGGAGGAUGAGGGCAGAUGGGAAAUAAGGGAUCCCGCUCGUCGCCCAAGCCCGCGGCGACAUCACUUUUCUGCGGGCGCUGUUCUUCCUGCCGGCCGCCACUCAUACCGGGUGGCUGAGCCUUCUCCUUCCCUCCCUCAGGCCCAAAGCGAAGAGCGGGGCUCAAACCAAGAGCCCGCUGCUAUCGCUGUCACCCGCCCCUAUCGUCGUCCAUGGCCCCUCAUCCGGAUGAAUGCCGUGCAAGACUUGCGGCAGAUAGGGAUGAUAAUCCCGGCUGUGGAGGGGUUUGUUCAGCCUGUUGUAGACAGGCUCGCGGGGUGGAUGGAAGACUCCAGGGAGGAGGAAGAUGGGAGUGAAGAGGGGCUUGUUUCUGAUUCUACUGCCAAGGUGGGAUAUGACGUGGAGGAGGACAUCGACGCUGGUGACGAUAGUGCCAGCAUUGAGGGAGAAAUCAUCUCCCCUUCUGUCCUCGCCAUGUCGGCGUCGAGCACCAGCACCGGUUCCACUUAUACCUCAGCCUGGACUCCCCAUGAGGUCCUCCUCGACGACUUCGACGAGUUCGAGGACCUCCCAUGGCAUCACCACGCUUACUGGGACCCCAUUCGCGUUCCUUCUCCUCAACUCCAUGGCAACAGGGCAGCCGACAUCUUCUUCUGCCUGCUCCUCCAGUUCCUAAAAAUUUCCCUCCUCCUGCUGCUGCCCUUCAUUGUGACUGCGAUGGCAGCAGCUCAGUUUGCACUUUGGCUGGGGGCCGGGUGGAUGUGGUGGGAUGAUGUGGCGGCGAAUGUGGAUGGGUAUGGACAUGGAGGGAUGGAGAGUGAAGAGGAAGGAAGGGCUCGUGAGGAGAGUGGGGGCGGAAGAGGUGGGGGUUCAAAUUUGAGGGGCGGUGGGCGGGAUAGAAGGUUGGGUAUGAUUUGA